AUGGGAGACCUGAACUUUGUGUUGCAUGAUCAUGAAAAAUUCAUCCAACAUUCUAUUGAUUCUCAUGAAGCUAACAUCUUUUUGGAGAAAUUGGAAGCAGCUAAUCUUACUGAUUUGGGUUACACUGAAUGUCCAUUCACAUGGACUAAUAGAAGAGUGGGUCCACAUCUCACAGAACAAAGAUUAGAUGGUCUAGCCAAUGAAAGAUGGCUUGAAAUACACCCAAAUUCCACCAUCUCCAACCUUCCUGCUAUUGGCUCUGAUCAUAACCCAAUUCUUAGUAACAAAUCUAACAGGAAACAAGGACACAUCCCUUUCAAAUUCUUUGGUCCCUGGCUAUAUCACAAAGAUUGUAAAGAAAUCAUAGCUGAAUGUUGGAAGACUAAGCACAAAUGUUCUCUUGCUAUCAAGAUUGCUAGGAAGUUAAGAGAUAUUAAAGUCAAAUUAAAUAAAUGGAACAAGGAAAUAUAUGGUAACAUCAAGAUAAACCUUGAAGACAGUCUACAACACUUGGAAUGGAUUACCAAGAAUCAAUUCAACAAUAAUAGAGGGCAGGAAAUCAGAGAGGCUAAGAAGAGAGUUGAACAUUGGCAAAAUAUUCAAGAAAGUUUUUGGAAGACUAGAAGCAGAGACCAUCUCAUCAAGCUUGGAGAUAAAAACACCAGCUUCUUCCACAUCUCUGCCAAGAAAAGAUACAUAAGGAAUAAAAUUGUAUCAAUCCAACAAGAAAAUGGCUCUUAG